UUAUCUCCUCCCUCAGUUCGGCGAUUCUGCCAGCAUGAUCAAGCUCUCCCAUGUUUCAUCGUCCCUGAGAUCAUCUCUCUCGCCCAAACCCAUCUUCAAACUAACCCUAAACGUCGAGAUUUUGGAGACCCAUCUGCAGAAAUGUCGGAUUCUCAAGCACUUCGACCAAAUCCUGUCUCAGAUGGUCCUCACCGGUCUCCUCAAGGACACAUACGCAGCAAGCAUACUUCUCAAAUUCUCGGUUGAUUCAUACUUCGUCCAUGUCGAUCACUCUCGUAGAAUCUUCCGUAGCAUUGAGAACUCGAAUGCGUUUAUCUGGAAUACAAUGAUGAGAGCUUACGUCCAACGAAAUUUCCCUUGUAAAGCUCUUCGCUUGUACAAAUGGAUGCUGUGUAACCGCGUUUGCACCGAUAACCGUACCUUCCCUAUUAUUGUACAAGCGUCGGCCUUGCGGUUAUCGGAAUUCGAAGGGAAACAGCUGCAUGAUCAUGUUUUGAAGGUGGGUUUCGAUUCUGACGUCUAUGUACAGAAUACAUUGGUGAAUAUGUAUUCUGUAUGCGGGAAUAUGAAGGACGCACGCAAGCUAUUCGAUGAAAGUCCUGUGUUGGAUUCAGUUUCAUGGAAUUCCAUUCUCGCUGGUUAUGUUCGGUCGGGGAACGUAGGCGAGGCCAUUUCUAUCUAUGAGAAGAUGACAGAGAAGAACGUCAUUGCCUCGAAUUCCAUGAUAAAAUUGUUCUGUGAGAAAGGAUUGGUCGCUGAGGCUCGUAAGGUGUUCGAUGAAAUGCCCAUGAGAGAUUUGGUUUCAUGGAGUGCGUUGGUUUCAUGUUAUGAGAAAAAUCUGAUGUAUAAGGAUGCGGUGGCUACAUUUAUCAGCAUGAAUAGCUAUGGAGUUACGCCAGAUGAGGUUACAAUGAUCAGUGUUCUCUCUGCUUGUGCCAACUUGUCAGAGGUUUGGUUGGGGGGUUCAUUGCAUGCUUUUAUUUUGAAGACUGGCACUGAAUCUUUUGUUAACCUUCAAAAUGCGUUAAUCAAAAUGUAUACGAGCUGUGGAGGUAUAAAGGCUGCUGAAAAGCUGUUCAGUUCGAGCCAUUGUCUGGAUCAGUUUUCCUGGAACUCUAUGAUUUCAGGGUAUAUGAAGUGUGGAUUGGUCGACAAGGCUGAGGAGUUAUUUGAUAUGAUGCCCAACAAAGAUGUUGUCUCGUGGAGUGCAAUGAUCUCAGGUUAUGUACAAAAUGAUUGGUUUUACAAGGCAUUAGAGAUGUUUCAGGAGUUGCAGCUUAGAGGAAUCAAACCUGAUGAGACCAUUUUGGUAACCGUGAUCACUGCUUGCACACGAAUGAAUGCCCUUGAACAUGGAGAACGGUUACACUCAUACAUAAAAGAGAAUGACCUUCAUAUAAACCCCAUUCUUGGAACAGCCCUCAUUAACAUGUAUAUGGAAUGUGGUUGUCCUGAAACUGCACUGGAUAUUUUUUGUGGAAUACAUAAUAAAGGAGUUUCUACAUGGAAUGCAUUGAUUGAUGGCUUGGCUAUGCACGGCCUUGUGGGAAAGUCACUUCUUAUUUUCUCUGAGAUGAAACACUCUGAAGUAAAGCCAAAUGAAAUCACAUUCCUGAAUGUCCUUAGUGCGUGUAGGCAUGCGGGCUUAGUUGACGAGGGUCGGUGCCAUUUUAGUUCCAUGGUCAAUGAGUACGAGAUAGAACCAAACGUAAAGCAUUAUGGAUGUAUGAUUGAUCUUCUAGGACGUGCUGGCUUACUUAGAGAAGCCGAAGAGAUUAUUGAGACUAUGCCUGUGGCGCCUGAUGUGGCCACAUGGGGUGCUCUGCUUGGAGCUUAUGUGAAACACGGUAACUCUGAGUUGGGCGAGAGACUUGGAAGAAAGCUUGUUGAGCGUUAUCCAGACCAUGAUGGAUUUUGUGUGUUACUUUCUCAUAUAUAUGCUUCAAAAGGUGAUUGGGGUGCUGUGCUUGAGAUUAGAGGGGCGAUGUCUGGUAACAGUGUUCAAAAGAUCCCUGGCUUGAGCGUGGUCUGUAAGGAAACUAAUAGAUUUCCACGUCCAAUAACAGAUGUGCAAUGAAUGGUGUUAGAUGGUUUUGCAGGAACUUUUAUCCUAAGUUAUCUAUGUACAAAGGAACGCUCUUAAACAAGAAUCUGAGACUUUGCAGCGACUCGAGAACACUUCUUCCUGCCG